UGGAUCAGGGUUUGGUACUCUGGAGCAUGAGCUAAAAUCAAACCUCGCUUGCUUCAGUAUCGUUCAUUACGAUGCGAACAUGUCUCACCCGAUAAACCCCAGUGCUGGCUAAACCUUAACAUGUUUGUGUCACCCUGUUCCGCUCCUUUGAGUGCGGUGUCUUGUCGCAUGGGAUGCGUCGAGUUUAAGAUAACAUCUGCUUUGUACAGCUAUUGAAGGGAUGUGAAAAUUCUUAGUCAGCACGACCCCUCCCCCGCAGGGAAGUCAGAAGACGUUGUGCUUGAGAAUUCUGGUGGGAGUUUUGGAAUACUGGAAUUUUGGGUAGAAGAAGAGCUAGGGUUAGGAGUAGUGGGAUCUUGCGACCAGUUAUGUAGGUGAAUCGAUUUUAUGGAAUUGGGAUACUAGAGGUGAAGUGCGAGAUGGUGAAAUCGGACCCAGACACCAUCAUGGAAGCUACGGCGGCAGCUCAUUUCUCUGGCCUGCACUUUGACGAUGAGUAUCCGGUGCCGAAGUACAAAGGCGCUGACAAGGUCCCCUUCGUCAUCGGUGUAGCGGGAGGUACUGCGUCGGGGAAGACAACUGUGUGUGACAUGAUUAUUCAACAGUUACACGAUCACCGUGUUGUGCUUGUUAAUCAGGAUUCUUUCUACCGCGGGCUGAAACCCGAAGAGAUGGCUAAUGUUGGAGAGUAUAACUUUGAUCACCCUGAUGCUUUUGAUACGGAACAGCUAUUGGAAUGUCUUGGGAGCUUGAAAGCUAACCAACCUGUUCAGAUACCUGUGUACGACUUCAAGAAGCAUCAGCGCUGCAAUGAUAGGUAUCGGAAGGUGAAUGCAUCUGAUGUGAUCAUCAUGGAGGGCAUCUUGGUAUUUCAUGAUGCCCGUGUGCGGGAGCUUAUGAACAUGAAGAUCUUUGUGGAUACAGAUGCGGAUGUCAGAUUAGCACGUCGGAUAAAGAGGGACACUUUGGAGAGAGGCAGAGACGUGAAUGGUGUGAUUGAACAGUACGCAAAGUUUGUGAAGCCAGCGUUUGAUGAUUUUAUUUUGCCAACAAAGAAGUAUGCGGAUGUCAUCUUACCCCGUGGAGGAGACAAUCAUGUGGCUAUUGAUCUUAUAGUUCAGCAUAUUCGCAUGAAACUUGGUCAACAUGAUCUCCGCAAAAUAUAUCCGAAUGUAUUUGUUAUCCAGUCCACUUUUCAGAUUCGUGGAAUGCAUACUCUCAUUCGAGAUCAGGAGACUACCAAACAUGAUUUCGUCUUUUAUGCCGACCGUCUUAUCCGCUUGAUUGUGGAACAUGGACUUGGACAUCUACCCUUCACUGAGAAGCAGGUUAUUACACCAACAGGCUCAAUAUAUGUUGGAGUGGACUUCUGCAAGCAACUUUGUGGAGUUUCCAUCAUUCGCAGUGGAGAGAGUAUGGAGAAUGCUUUGCGGGCGUGUUGCAAGGGCAUCAAGAUUGGAAAGAUUCUAAUACACCGGGAGGGAGAUGACGGGAAGCAGCUGAUUUAUGAGAAGUUGCCUAUUAAUAUAGCUGACCGACACGUGCUGUUAAUGGAUCCCAUCCUUGGAACAGGAAACUCUGCUGUUCAAGCCAUCGAGUUGUUGAUUCGGAAAGGAGUUCCAGAGUCUCACAUCAUAUUCUUGAAUCUUAUCUCGGCUCCAGAAGGUAUUCACACAGUGUGCAAGCGCUUUCCACUUCUGAAGAUUGUGACAUCGGAGAUCGAUGCAGGACUGAACGAUGAGUUCCGUGUUGUUCCCGGGAUGGGUGAAUUUGGAGACCGCUACUUCGGCACUGAUGAUGAUGGGCCUGAUCAGAUGUUCAAGGCCCCAAUAGAACCUAAGCUGCAACAAAGCAUUCACAGGCCUUAGGUGAGUCUUAGUGAUAGUGAUGCCUAGGGAGGUUCUUUCACUUCUUACAUUGAUCGAAAUUCUCGCAUUGGCGUAUUAGUAUUCUUUAAGUGUACCAUACCUCUUUCCAAGCCUUUGAUAUUAUUCCCUCUCUUAUGGCCUGCUUGAUUAGAGAUUAUUCAGUUCAACAACCUGUUGCCUAUUUUACUUCAUUUUGUUUCAAAAGUCCAACUGAAGGUAGGUGUCAAUCAGAAAUAUAAUUACCAAAAAUUGUUUGACAUUGACCACUGCCUGGUUUCAUAGGGUGGCCAUUUAUUAGAGUCCACCUGUAGAACAACAGAAUAUGAUCAAAUGCUUUCUUGUUUCAAUCCAUGUAUGGUUGCGUUAAAGAUGAAAUGUUUUUGCUUCAUUAACCAAA